AUGAACGGUCAACGGACUCAAUCCACCAUGGACAAGGUUGCUGGUGACGUGCGUCUGUCUCCGUUUUACGACAUGAAGGAGAUGGUCACCAAAAUGACGUCGUUUGUUGAUCAUCUGAACGCAAACAUCGCGUCGCUGGAAGGCACCCGCGGUCCAGUAUUCAAGCACACGCUCCCGACUGAAGGCAUGGCUGGUAAGCUAGAAUUUGUGUUUGAUACGAGCUAUUACGAAGGCAUCGCGUGCUUAUUGGACUCGGUUGGAUACACGGCCCUCCAUUCUGCGAUCGGCGACGUUUUUGGAGAAGUGGUGCCGUUUUUCAUCAGCGGAAGACUACCUCUGGUUCGAGACAUGCAACGUGGUGGCUUUGACUUGACGCUCGUGGGAUAUGGCAAGAGCUCAGUGUAUCACGGCGACAACGAGCACUGUCUGCUGAGCGACAUGAAGAACGCAAUGUUAGUCCGUCCUUGCGUGCACGAUUGCGAAGGUCGAGUCUACUCAAGAGUGACGGAUCGGUAG